AUGAAUUCUUUGGAGGAAGUGAAGAAGGUUGUCUUUGAACUUGUAGGAGACAGUGCAUGUGGACCUGAUGGUUUCUCAGGAAUUUUCUAUCAAAAAUGUUGGGAUAUAGUUGGUGUAGAUACCUACAAUGUGGUCAAAGCUUUUUAUGAAGGGCAGACUCUUCCAAAAUAUGUCACUCAUACUAACUUCGUUUUUCUACCAAAGAAAGCCAUUGUCAACACUUUUUCUGAUUUGAGGCCCAUCAAUCUUAGCAACUUCAUCAACAAGGUCAUAACUAGAGUGAUUCAUGAUAGGUUGGAAUCUAUCCUCAUUUCAUUGAUAUCUCCAAACCAAUCUGGUUUUGUUAAGGGCAAAAACAUUAUUAAAAAUGUGUUACUUAAACAAGAAUUAGUAGCUGAUAUUAGACAGAGAGGAAAACCAACAAAUGUGGUUAUCAAGUUAGAUAUGGCAAAAGCUUAUGAUAGGGCAUCUUUGAGUUAUCUUAUACAAGUGAUGAAGAAGAUGGGAUUUGCAGAUAUGUUUGUUGAUAUGAUUUGA